AUGCCACACGCAUCCACCAUCUUGAUUGGGGGCAGGGCAUGCGAUAACAGCGUUGGGCGCCAUCUUGAAUACGGGCAAGGGCCCCGGCGUGCGCAUUGUGUUGUGCCCCGCAGCGCGGGCCGGGGCCUGCGGGAGCGGCCCAACCGCUGCCGCCAUGUUGACUACGGGCACGGAAGCCGCGGGCUCCUCUCCGUUGCCAUCUCGAGUAAGGGAGGUCGGGGGGGCCUCAUCGCCGAAAUUCGGUUAACGGUUAGCACCGCCGGUCUGGGGACUUGUAACUGUGCUAGGCAGCGCUUCAAAGCUUUAUUUAAGAAUGAGAGCGUCAGUGACAGAAGGUGCAGCAAUGCCAGCUCAUUUCGCGUGGCUCUCUCCAAUCUCGUGACCUGGGCGCACACUCAUGGGACCAUAUGCAGUCAGAUCCCAGCCUUGGAGAAUGUGCAGAACGUGGGUCAUCCGAGCAAGGAAAAUUCUGUCCUGUGGAUAUGUGGAGCUGGACAUGCCUAUCUCUGGCAGUGUGGAAAAUUAGACAUCAGAAGCAGAGAAGAGAACAAAGCUGUCAAAAAGAGAAGGUGGUCAGUAGCUUCUGAGGCGUCGUCGAGGGAAGCUAAUUUAGGUGAAAAGAGGUUCAGGACAACUCCAUCUUUUGAGAGGGCUGAAGCGGACGCUGUUAGCACAGGGUCAUGUAGCAGAUCUCCAGGGGUCACGCAGCAGAAAGAUGAUACAGUCUACAUAAUACACAGUGAGCCUUCACCCCGAGAAAAGGAGAAGAAAAGCGAGUCCAUGAAAUCGUGCUUUGCAGCAGAGCAGCAUUUGUCCAUGUCUGGUGGUGAAGUCAAAGCUGACAGAUGUAAGGUGAAGCUAGAAAGCAAGGAAGAUCUACAGAUCAUUUCUGACGAAGAGCAGUGUACGUCAGAUGAAGACAACAAAGGGGUUGGAAUCAACCAGAACGUGCUGUCAGACUCACCAGUUAACGGCAUGACUGCUAAGGAAGAUUUGCAAACACAUCGCAGUCAGAAGGUGGCAUUUAACAAUCCGACAGCCACCCAAACAUCUGGCUUUGCCCCCACGGGAAAGCCACCCCUACCUCUUCCCCAGUUUCUAACAUCUCUCGUCAGCAAUCCAGAGAGCCUGGAGGGCAGCGUCGUGAGGUUGGGUCCUCUUCAUCCUGCAGGGCCCGUCACUGAAGCUUCCAGACCCAGGAACCCCCCUGGGCCAGCCGUGCCAAAAGAACAUUUAAAAUCUGUUCCCGUCUCCAGCAUUGAAGCAAAGGCCCCGCUCGGCUCGCCCGCCUCUGUGACGUUCUUUGAGUUUGAAGCCGGUGUAGAUGUCCAGCCGCCAUUCCAGCUGAGCCCUCCCGACUGUGGCACACCAGGAAUGGGCUUAAGUGGGAACGUCACUGAAAACCCUGCCGAGGAGG